ACUCCCUGCCCCGGCCUGGCUAAGCACACAGGGCUGAGUCAUCGGUUCACGUGUCUCUCCUACUGCCUGGAACCAGUGACUCCUCAGCUGGCUGCAGCCUGCAGGCUUGUAACCAUGGAGAAACUGAGUAAUGCAAACACCCAUUUUGCUCUCGAUCUGUUUAGAAAGUUGAAUGAAACCAACCCAACAGGAAAUAUCUUUUUCUCGCCAGUCAGUAUUUCUGCUGCACUGGCCAUGGUCCUUUUAGGGGCUAAAGGUAACACAGAGACACAGCUGUUGAAGACCCUUCAUUUUGAUGUUGUUGAAGAGCUUCAUUCAAGAUUUCAGACCCUGACCUCUGACAUAAACAGAAGUGGAGCUUCCUAUCUGUUGAAGCUUGCCAAUCGGCUUUAUGGAGAGAAGACCUACGGUUUUUUAGCAGACUUCUUGACUAAGACUCAGAAAUUAUAUGGAGCUGAUUUAGCUACGGUUGAUUUUCUACUUGCUUCAGAUGAAGCAAGGAAAGAAAUUAACCAGUGGGUAGCAGAGCAGACUGAAGAUAAAAUCCCCAACCUGUUGUCUGAGGGCUCAGUUAAUAAUAUGACCAAACUAGUGUUGGUGAAUGCUAUUUAUUUCAAAGGAAAUUGGGCUGAGAAAUUUAAAGAAGCAAACACGAAACCAAUGCCAUUUCGGUUAAAUAAGAAUGAAAGAAAGACAGUGCAAAUAAUGUAUCAGAAAGAGAACUAUCCUUUUGGGUACAUCUCUGAACUGAAAUGUCGUGUGCUAGAGCUUCCCUAUGAAGGAAAAGAACUUAGCAUGAUCAUCUUGUUACCUGAUGAUAUUGAUGAUAAUUCCACUGGACUCCAGCAGCUAGAGAAGCAAAUCACUGUAGAAAAGCUCCAGGAAUGGACACAGCCACAAAAUAUGCAUCCCAUUGAUGUUCAUGUGCAUCUGCCUAAAUUUAAGCUGGAAGACAGCUAUGACCUUAAAUCAGAUUUAUCAGGUCUGGGCCUGCAGGAUAUAUUUGACAGUGGCAAGGCUGACUUGUCUGGAAUGUCAGGCGCACGCGACCUCUUUCUCUCUAAAUUUGUACACAAGUCUUUCAUAGAUGUGAAUGAAGAAGGCGCAGAAGCUGCAGCUGCCACUGCUGGCAUUGCUAUGUUCUGCAUGCUCAUGGAAGAGAAUUUCACAGCUGAUCACCCUUUCCUUUUCUUCAUCCGUCACAACCCAACGCAAAGCAUACUUUUCUUCGGCAGGUAUGUUUCACCAUAAAAGAGAAGAGAGAGCUACAGUUGAGGACCUGAUCGUAUUUCCACUUAAACCAGUGGGAACCUGUAAUUAUGUUCUUACUAAUUUACAUUGAAAUUCUGCAUUUCACAAUAAAAUCAUGACUCAGAAAUUGAUACCUAAGAUCCUUCUUGGGCUUCUUUUCCAAUUCCUUAGGACUGAUAUCUGUUUGUGUACAGUAAAAUCUACCUUAUGCAAUGACUUGCAGGGCUGACAAAGUCUGGUUGCUCAACAUGGUAGAUCUUUUAAUAAAGGUGGACCAGAAUUGAACCUAGUGCUUUUGGGGAUUCUUUGAGAUGGUUACUUGAGUCAGAAAAUUCCCUAAAGUAUGAAUGUCCUCUUGUGUGAGUUUUGCCAUAUUACUGUGAACUGGCUGUGACUUCCUUUUUGUGUAAUUCCGCUCUCUGCUGACUUUGAUCCAGUAAUUCAAUGUACUUGUUCUGCAGGAUAAGUUUGCAAGGCUUUUCCUUUCUUAGGGCUUAGCUACACUUGCAAGUUGGAGCGCAUUAAAGCAGCCCUAGGUGUCCUAAUGCACAACCCAUCCACACUGACAAGGACUCUGCAGCUCGAGCACUCCUGGUAAUCCACCUCCACCAGAAGCAUAACGCUUGCUCCGUCUCGGCUGAACCAUCCCAGGGUCAGUGUGUACGUGCUGUUGCAUUACUGCGCUCUGAUCGGCCUCCAGAAACGUCCCAUAAUCCCCUUAAGUCAAGUGUCCGCUCUUGUCAUUGUUUUGGAAUUAGCUGUAGGAAUGCGGAUAUGCCCUUUCAAAGCUCCGUUUCUGACAGCCGGCAUGCUUAUCUGCUCUGGGACAAAGCAAGCCAUUACUGUGGAAUGCUGCUGUUGUGAGUAUGUGUGAGAGAGAGGUGGGGGGUCUGCUGCUGUCUGAACUUACAAGACAGCAUGCUGACAUGCUCUCAGCCCCCAAAACCCACUCUUUCUCCCCCCAGAUACACACAACACACUGCCUGUCACACUCCACCACCACUCCAUUUUAAAAACACAUUGCAGCCACGUGCAUGCUGGGAUAGCUACCACAAUGCACUGUUCUCUGUGGCGUUGCAAUAGCUACUAAUGUGGCCAUGCCCGUGAGCUCGAAUCUGACAGUGUGGACACACUGCAGCACUUUCCCUACUGCGCUCUCCGAGGGCUGGUUUAAUUCACAGUGCUCUACAUCUGCAAGUGUAGCCGUGCCCUUAGAGUCUCUUCUUUUAGAGGCCUUUGAACAAAAUGUUGUUUGGCACCAGAAUGCACUGAACAGCCAAGUGGGCCUUAUGUCUUGGGAUAAAAGGUCAAUUAGCAUUUGUCUAGAGAGACUUUCUAUUCUUAGAGAAAGUAUUAAGCUGUUUAAACACGUGCAACCCUUUCAAUCACUGUUUCAGAACUCUAGUAUGAUAUUGCUUCUGAAUGAGGUGGAGGAAAUGGGACAGGCAAUUUCUUAAUGGUUUUUUAAGACAUCUUAACACUUCUGUACAUUUUAAAGAAAAAUUUUAAAACUGUUUUAUCCGUUUAAAAUGUAUGGAGAUGUUGAGAGGUCUUGAAAGAUUUUUCAGAUCAUUGAAACUAACUUUCCAAAAGGUAGUGCAAUCUUGGCCUAAAACUGUAAUAUCAACACAGGAAGGAUCCCUGCUUUCCAGGGAACUGCUCGGUAGCUGUUCCAAAUUUCUUAAGUACAAUUCAAAUAUAUUAAUGCUGCAGUGAGCUCUGGCCCACGUGGCUGGCUGGCUGCCUACUGCCUCUUUACUAACUGAUUUUUGUACCAAAUAACAGUUUGACUUCUAGGAACUGGUGUAUUUAUGUACUCACUCGUAAUAUCCUGCUGUUGCUUCCUGUUAGUACUAGUAGCCUGUAUAAUUUCAUGUAUAUCCUGCGCAGUUAUUUCUAUGCAUUAACAGUAUAACCUCAGAUAUAUUCUGUGUGUCUAAUUCUGUAUUCCUUUGUGAACCUCACUAUAACUUUGCCUUGGAAGUACAAAUAAAUGGUUUUAUGUAAUUAAAAAAAGGCAUCUGUUUGUCCACAGCAGGCAAUUUUAUGCACAAAAUGUGGCAUUUGACAGCACAAAAAUGAUUGUAUAUCUAAGUGAUAACACCAAAGUGAGCAAGUGGGUUGCCGGGUGUGGUCUGCUGUAUAAGUUCUCCUUUUGCAUUUUCAGAAUAGUUGGUGGCUAUUGGGCAACAGCCUGUUGCGAUGGGAGAGGGAGAGCAGAGAACUGGAGAUUAAACUUGGGAAGGGGAGGGCAGAAGUGUUGAGAGAACCAGGAGCCGCUGCACUAUCUGUGCGCUAAAUGCACCUGGAAAUAUUUGGAAUGAUGCCUGGAACUGAAGGAGUGAUUGGUGGGCAGAACACUGAUGCUAGGAGCUGAACCGACUCAUGAUGUUGGUGUUCAGGAAACUGGCAUGUCCUUAAAUCAUUUUUGAACUUCCUCUGGAAGUUCAUAAGACUAACUGUCAAUGUAACAGACUGCAGCUUAUACUUCUGAGAACUUAAAAGCAGUGCGGGGAGAACAACUAACCGUUUACAUUAUGUUCCAUAACAGUGUGGUCUCAGCAUCAGUAAAAAAUAAGGUUGAAUCUGUUACUAACGUCUUGGUUUCUCCUUGUCAGUUGCUGGAAAUGGGCCAUUUUCAUUACCACUACAAACAGUUCUUUCUCUCUCCUGCUGAUAAUAGCUCCCCUUAAGUGAUCACUCUCCUUAUAGUGUGUAUGGUAACACCCAUUGUUUCAUAUUCUCUGUGUAUGUAUAUAUCUUCCUACUGUAUUUUCUACUACAUGCAUCCGAUGAAGUGGGCUGUAGCCCACGAAAG